AUGUUGGAUGGAGACCGUGGCCUUGUGACUAUAACAGGCGCGAAUGGAACUAUAGGCUACGCUUGCGUCGUAUAUGCCCUUCAAAUAGGCUAUCGCGUGCGUUGCGUUGUACGCCGCCCAUCAGCCAUUGAAACUAUCAAAUCCGGGCCUUCUGUUCAACCUUACCUCAGCCUUCUUGAGUUCUGCAUUGUUCUAGACAAUGCGGUCGAUGGUGCAUAUGACAAAGCCGUUGCUGGUGCGGAUUACGUUGUGCAUGUAGCUGGUGUGUGGCCGUUGCUGCAUCUGCACCCAGACACGGACAUUUAUAGUCCGUUCAUUAACUCAACUAAGGGCUUAAUCAAGGCCGCACAAAAGUCAGUUACAGUGAGGAGAAUUGUCUUCACCCAAGCCGGUGCAGGUUUGGUUGAUGCAGCCGAUGGGGACACGCUGGGCACACGCAUGUAUCAUACAAUGGACGAGCAUGUACAAGUGUCACCGACUUCGCUCAAGUAUAGACCGCCGCUAGAAUCACCCCACCACGCAUACUGCGCUGGCAAAGCUCAAUGCAUGGCGUUCCUUGCGGAUCUCCAGGCCAGUGGAAAGCUUCCCUUUUCCAUUGCUCAAGUCAUUCCAGGGACGGUAAUUGGCCCUUCCGAGUUCUGUCGCACUUCUGCUGAAGCUUAUGUUCACCUUGAUCGGCAAAGUAAAGCGCUUCUUUUUGACAGCGUGGCUCCGCGAUAUGCAUUUGGGUUCGUGCACGUGCAAGACUGUGCAAAGGUGCACAUCGAGGCUUUGAACGAAGUCAAGGUGGAAAGCAAAUAUCUUCCAAAGUGGUUUGUUGCUGCCGGGACAGUGCAAGAGGGCUUGGAUGGCCAGAAGAUCUGGAAUGCAGCUGCAGAUAUGGUUGAGAAAGACUUCCCAAGCCAGGUAAAAUCAGGGUUGUUUAAGGUUGGGCGAGGCAAAGUACCUAUCAACAUGCCGUUUCGCGCCGAGUCGAGGCUCACUGAAAAGUUACUCCUUCAAGGCGACAAUAUCAGGGGGUUAAACGAGAGCGUUAAGGAAGUAGCGCAGUGGUAUGUUACCCUGAAAGAGAAUGAAGCUUAA